AUGCGCGUCGGUAUCAUUAAGGGACAAGGGAUCGGCCCCGAGAUUACGCGAGCGACACAGCGUGUAAUUGAGGCAACCGGGGCUCCCGUUGAGUGGGAGGAUGUUCUAAUUGCGGAUGAAGCGGUUGAGAAAUAUGGACACCCACUUCCACCUGAUACAGUCAAACGGAUCCGCGACAUCGGCCUGGCAAUCAAGGCACCACUUAUCGUCCAUAAGCUAGAGGGCCGUCUUAGUUGUAUCCAGGAUGACGGCUCUUUAGUGACCUAUCCGUCACUCAAUAACGCCAUCAGACGGGAACUGGGGUUGUUCGUGAACCCCCGACCAAUCAAGGGCUUCCCAGGAGUAUCAGGCCGCUGUCACGAUCUCGAUGUUGUUAUCAUGCGGGAGGUCACCGAAGACGUGUACAUCGGGCUUGAACACAAGAUUGGAGAUGAUGUUGCAGCAGAGGCCAUCAAGCUGACCACACGAGCCGCGGCUGUCAGGGUUGCAAGGUUCUCGUUUGAGUAUGCGCGAAAACAUGGGCGCAAGCGAGUAACCUGCCUUCACAAAGCCAAUGUCCUCAAUCACACCGAUGGCCUAUUUCUCCGUUGCUUUCAGGCAGUCAGCAAGGAGUUUUCCGACAUUAUAGCAGACGACAUGAUGAUCGACGCCGCGUGUUACACGAUCGUGCGUGAUCCCAAACGAUUUGACGUGAUUGUCACAUCUAACCAGUACGGAGACAUAUUCUCGGACCUUGCGGCUGGUCUCGCAGGAUCCUUGGGUCUCGCCCCGGGAGCCAACAUUGGGGAUGGCGUUGCUGUAUUUGAAGCUUGCCAUGGUGCUGCUCCGGAUAUUGCCGGGAAGGGCAUUGCGAAUCCUUUGGCACUUGUACUAAGUGGUGCUUUGCUUCUUGAGGCUCAAGGCUACAAGAGAGAGUCGGACGCCAUCAACAAUGCAGUCUGCGUUGUUCUGGAAAAAGGGCGAGAUCUUACCCCAGACUUGGGCGGAUCAGGAACCACCGAAGCUCUUACCACAGCAGUAGAAGUAGAGGUCCAGCGUCAGCUAUCUUGA